UUUGCACGCACACGCGCUGCGCCCUCUGUCGGUCAGUCUGGUCACUGCAGCAGCGGAACAUCAGAUCAGAGCCGCGCCGAGCCGAUACCACUCAGAAAUCAUGUCUGACGACGAGAAGCUGCCGUCCGGAUGGGAGAAGCGCAUGAGCCGGAGUUCGGGUCGGGUUUAUUACUUCAAUCACAUCACUAACGCGAGUCAGUGGGAGCGGCCGAGCGGAUCGGGGGCCGACGGCGUCGGCGAGGUGGAGAAAGUUCGCUGCUCUCAUCUGCUGGUCAAACACAACCAGUCGCGCCGGCCGUCCUCCUGGAGAGAGGAGAACAUCACGCGCACCAAAGAGGAGGCGCUGCAGCUCAUUCACAAGUACAUUGAACAGAUCAAGUCUGGCGAGGAGGACUUCGAGAGUUUGGCGUCUCAGUUCAGUGACUGCAGCUCGGCGAGGAACGGAGGAGACCUGGGCAUGUUCGGCAGGGGUCAAAUGCAGAAGCCGUUUGAAGAAGCCUCAUUCGCGCUGAAGGUCGGAGACAUGAGCGGCCCCGUGUUCACCGACUCAGGAGUCCACAUCAUCCUCAGAACCGGAUAACCGGCCGGAUUCCCUCUCCGUCACGCCUUCAUUCGUUCAUCCCGCAGAUAACUCACACAGUACACACAC